GCUUGUUUGUCUGUGUCUCAGAAUUCAAUUGUGUUUGCAAUCUUUCCCUCUGUGUCCAAUCAUAAUGGCUGAAAUCGCCCUCACCAUCCUUAGCCCUGUCAUUGAGGAGUCAGUUUCCAAAACAGUUUCAUUUCUUAAAAAACGAAUUGCAAUUGCAGUGGGUUUGGAAAAGGAGCUUGAUAGGCUUCGCGAUUCUCUUAUUCUCAUUCAAUCUGUCAUCCGACACGCAGAAGAAAGGCAAGAAAGUGACCCAGCUAUAAGGCAUUGGCUACAGAAGCUGAAAGACGUUGCUUAUGAGGCAGUGGAUGCAUUGGGUGAGUUUGAGUACAAGGUUCUUAAGAACAAAGUUAAGAGCGGUAGGCACUGGAAUCCUGAGUCCGUCUACUUUUCUCCCUUGUUUCGUAAUCGUAUGGCUGACAAAAUCAACAGCAUUACUAAGCAGUUGAAUGACUUGAAAGACUGGGCCAGCAUGAUCAACUUAGUGGUCUCAUUGAGAGGCCAAACUUCUCCGAGGCAACAUCAAAAGACAAAUUCUUUUCUUGAUAAUUCCACAGUAUUUGAAAGGGAAGCUGAUGUCUCAAGAAUUCUUAGCUUGUUGCGUGACUCGAGAAGGAGUCAACAUCCCAUCUCUGGCAUUUCUAUUGUAGGUAUGGCUGGGAUUGGAAAGACGACAAUAGCAAAAUCAGUAUACAUGAAAGCGAAGGAAGAAAAGCUCUAUGAUCUAGCGGCCUGGGUGUGUGUAUCCGAGGACUUCAAUGAUCAAAUCAUUUUGCAAGAGAUGUUAGAGCAUUUUGAUUGUGGUGCUGCUCCAAGGAAUAGUAUUAAUGCAUUGCUUGAAGAUCUUGCAAAAAAAUUAGAGAAUAAAACUUUUCUUCUCAUUCUUGAUGAUGUAUGGAAUGAAGAUCCUUACAAGGGGAAAAGCUUCAACUCUUGUUUGUCAAAAAUUCUGAAAACUACUGGGAGCUCUAUUGUCAUAACAACUCGCAGUGGAAAGGUAGCAUCCGCAAUGGAGUCAGUUCCUAUGCAACGCCAUGGCAUGGAGGGGUUACCAGAUGACGUAUGCUGGUUGAUAAUAAAAGAGAAAUUUCUUACAUCAUCCACAGGAACUUCAAUGACUCCUGAUUUGGAAGCUAUUGGACAGGAUAUUGCAAAAAAAUGUGGAGGUUUGCCAUUAGUUGCUAGCGUCAUUGGAGGAACAUUGAGCCGUCAAACUAGUGCAGAUGAAUGGAAGAAUAUCAGAGAUGAUAAAGCAUGGAAUUUGAAAUCACGAGAUGGAGAUGAGAUUUUAUCUAUUCUGAAAAUAAGUUUCAAUCAUUUGACUUCUCCUUUGAAGAAAUGCUUUUCUUACUGUUCAAUUUUUGCAAAGGAUUUUGUCAUUGAAAAAGAUGAUUUAGUUCAACUCUGGAUGGCUCAGGGGUUUCUUGACCAACCUAAUGAAAGCUCUAUGACAAUGGAGGAUGUUGGUAAUGAUUACUUUAGUGAUUUGUUAUCUAACUCCUUAUUUCAAGAUGUGAACAGGGACAAAGAUGGGAAUAUCAGAUCUUGCAAGAUGCAUGAUACAGUGCAUGAUUUAGCGCUGUCUGUCUCAGAAGGUGACACUUUUGUCUGGGAGACUGGUUGCAUAAUUGACCAGGAUGCUAAAAUUCGACAUUUAAGAGUUAAGCAUGACAAGAACGAGCGUCCAAUCAUUCCCAGAGCUGUUGCCCAAAGAUUGCAUUCUUUGUUCUUGGAAGAGGUUGAUGUUUUCAUUUCCAGUGCAUCUGAUCUCAAAAGCUUGCGAGCUUUAAAGAUGGUGGGAGCUCAGGGAGAACAGUUGCCCAUUAUUCUUGGCAAAUUGAAGCAUUUGAAAUACCUUGACCUCUCAGGAGGCAAAAUAAAAACACUACCAAAAUCCUUUUUCAAACUCUACAAAUUGCAGACUCUUAGACUUAGGUGGUGCUUUUCUCUGCAAAUGUCUGAUGAGAUGAGAAAUUUGAUCAGCUUAAGACAUUUUUAUUUUGACAACACAGAGCUGAUGCCAAGAGAUAUUGGGCAUUUAACUUCCCUUCAAACCUUACCAUUAUUUGUUGUGAGUAGAGCAAACUUGGACCAACUUGGAUGCCUAAGUCAACUUGGAGGAGCAUUGAAAAUAUACAUCCUUGAAUUUCCCAGGGUUAUGUCAUCAGAAGCCGUCAAAGCAAACUUGGACAAGAAGACAAAAUUGUAUGAGUUGGAAGUUGAAUGGAGUGGAUACACUGAACAUUACAGCAGUUAUGAGGUUUUGGAAGGUCUAAGGCCUCCCUCAAAUUUGAAACACUUGAAUAUUUACGGUUAUAAUGGAGAAAAGUUUCCAUCAUGGCUGGAGACUGGUGUUAAUUUUUUUGGCAAUUCCUCUGCACUGAACAAUCUUUUGACUUUGAAGUUAUAUAACUGCAAUGAAUGUGUAGAGAUUCUGAGUUUGGGAUUUAUACCUAAGCUCGAGUAUCUUGAAAUAGAAGGAAUGUCAAAGGUGAAACGUAUGGGCAGCAAGUUUUGUCUUGAUGGCAGCAACAUGACAAGUAGUAGUUGUGGUGACAAAAAAUCAAUCAUAUUGUUCCCAGCUUUGAAAAGACUCACUUUGUGUGGCAUGGAAAUCCUAGAGGAAUGGGCAGAAAUAGAAGGUACCACCAUCUUUCCUUGCCUUGAGGUUUUGAAUGUUAAAAAUUGUCCGAAGUUAGAGACUUGGUCAAUGAGUGGAUUUUCAUCUCAUCAUAAGCUCUCAAAAGCGGAUAUUUGGGGUUGUCCGAACCUGGUGACUCUUCCAAGUAUGGAACGGCUCUUAUCUCUUGAAAGUUUAAGCUUAACCAAGUUUGGAUCUCUCCCAAAUGGGCUGGGCUCGUGCAGCUCUCUAGAGUAUUUGGGGCUGGAAUCCUGCAUCUCUCUCAAAGAGUUGACUAUUGUCAGUUGUUACAAUCUAAUUUCUAUUUCAGAAGAUGUUGGAAGAUCAUGUUCGCUUACCUCUUUGAAGAUUACUAGUUGCGAAAAUCUAAGGAGCAUUCCAGAGGGGUGGCUGGGUAGGAAUACCAGGUUGGAGAAGUUAGAAAUCGGUCAUUUCUGGUCAGAGUUGGAGGAAUAUCCAGGACUCACUUCCAUCCAUCAACUCCACGCCUCCCUUAAAUCUUUGAAACUUUAUGGAUGGGAUAAACUAAAGUCUCUGCCACAUCAGCUUCAACAUCUCACUGCCCUCAAGCAAUUGACGUUAUCAGACUUCAAUGGCCUGGAAGCAUUGCCAGAGUGGUUGGGAGACCUCUCUUCUCUUCACAACCUGCUGAUUGAGGAAUGCUCUAAUUUGACUCAUCUGCCUUCAAUUGAAGCCAUGCGACACCUCUCCAACUUAUAUUCUCUUGCUAUUUUGCGUUGUCCUAAAUUAGGAGAAAGAUUGGCCAAAGAGAGCGACCCCGAAUGGGCCAAGAUUUCCCACGUCCCCAACUUCAUGAUACACCUGCAGGGGUCAUUGUACCUGCAGCGGUCAUCCAAAUAAGAGAGUGAGGUGAAUUAUAUACUGUGAACUUAGUAACUGCAUGCUGGUAGAAAAAAUUGCAUGGUUUGAACUUGUUCUUUGUGAUUGAGCAUAACAUCUCUCUCAUCCAUGUGCUCGCCAUAUUAUCAGCUGGUGGAUGCCCUUUUUGAAACAGAGAUUGAUCAAAGAGACAAAACAAAGAAUUUGCAUAAACAUAUAUUUGCAGGAUAGGAGCUUCAAGAUAUGAUUUUUCAGGACUGGAAUGCUGCAUCUCUCUCCAAGAGUUGGUUAUUGUCAGUUGACACAAUCUAAUUUCUAUUUUAGAAGAUGUUGGAGGAUCAAGUUUGCUUACUUCUUUAGACAUUAUUACUUGCGAAAAUCUGAGCAUUCCAGAGGAGUGGCUGGGUAGGAAUACUCAGUUGAAGAAGUUGAUAAUCGAUCUUCCCCGGUCAGAGUUGGAGGAAUAUCCAGGACUCAUUUCCAUCCAUCAACUCCGCGCCUCCCUUAAAUCUUUGACACUUAAUGGAUGGGAUAAACUAAAGUCUCUGCCACAUCAGCUUCAUUACUGCCCUCAAUUUCAUAUUUGAAAUUGGAGUAUCUGCACCAUGUAAUCAUAAAGAAUAGGUGAUUUUGUGCUUUCCAGUUUUCAUAUUUGUCAUGCAUCAAAGCCAUCAGUGAGUGUAAACUAAAGCAAUUCAUAUAACUAGCCUUAUUUUAUGGAAGAUUUGGUUUUGUUCUGCACUUGUUGCAAACAGAACUAAUCAACAGAAUAACAUCAAAACCUUUGAUUAUCUUGGAAAAGGGUUCUGGAGAUAUUGGCACAAUUCGAUUCGGAAGGAAGUCUAAAUCUCCAUCGUCAACUUCUGGUUUCCAGAGUGGAUCAACUUUGGCAAAUAGUUUAAGGAUUUGUCUACUUUCAUUAUAUAUAUAUAUUUGUCUCUCUCUUCUUGAUUAUAAUUCUUAUGGUUCGUGUAAUGUUAAACUUUAUGAGCCAAAGUAAAACACCAUGAAUUAC